AUUGCUCACAUAAUUUCGAUAUUAAAUUCUUUAAACAAUACGAAAAGAGGUAGCGGUGGUCGUCGUAUUAAGACUUUAGUGAACGCAGUUAAAUUAAACUUAAUAUCAAUUGAUAAUAAAUUAAAAAUUGAUGAAUGUUUGGCGAACCCUUGUUUUAAUGGUGGCACUUGCAUUGAUUUGUAUGGCAAAUAUAUGUGCUUGUGUCCCCAACGUUUUCAGGGAACAUCGUGUGAAAAACGCAUUGACGAAUGUAAAUUGUAUGAAGGAACUCCAAUGGCUUGCCAAAAUAAUGCAACAUGCGUCGAUAAGUCAACCGGUUUCGAGUAA